AAAAUCAUUAUCUCUGCAACCACUUUUGUCAUUUUCUUUUUUGAUAUGUCGAAAAAUCGAGAAAAUGAGUUGGUGGUGGGCUGGCGCCAUCGGAGCUGCAAAGAAGAAACUAGACGACGAUGAGCCGACGCAAAGCUACGAAAGCGUCGCUCUCAUCAUCGGCGUUACUGGAAUCGUCGGAAACAGCUUGGCGGAGAUUCUCCCUCUUUCCGAUACUCCCGGCGGUCCCUGGAAAGUUUACGGCGUUGCUCGUCGUCCUCGACCCACCUGGAACGCCGAUCAUCCGAUCGAUUACAUCCAGUGCGAUGUCUCCGACGCUGAAGACGCAAGAUCCAAGCUUUCCCCUUUAACCGAUGUCACGCACGUGUUUUACGUGACCUGGACCAAUCGUGAAUCGGAGAGUGAAAACUGCGAGGCUAAUGGCUCGAUGCUUCGUAACGUUCUCCGAGCGAUUGUCCCAAACGCGCCAAAUCUCCGGCAUGUUUGUCUCCAGACAGGGACAAAGCACUACCUCGGCCCUUUCAGCAACGUUGACGGACCUCGUCAUGAUCCACCGUUCACUGAGGAUAUGCCGAGAUUGCAGAUCCAGAAUUUCUAUUAUACUCAAGAGGAUGUUCUGUUUGAAGAGAUCAAGAAGAUAGAAACCGUGACGUGGACUAUCCAUCGACCAAACACGAUCUUUGGAUUCUCUCCUUACAGUCUGAUGAACAUUGUUGGGACUCUUUGUGUCUAUGCAGCGAUCUGUAAGCAUGAAGGGUCUCCGUUGUUGUUUCCUGGGAGCAAGAAAGCUUGGGAAGGGUUCACGACGGCUUCAGACGCGGAUUUGAUUGCGGAGCAGCAGAUUUGGGCUGCGGUUGAUCCGUAUGCGAAGAACGAGGCGUUUAACUGCAACAAUGCUGAUAUCUUUAAGUGGAAACAUCUGUGGAAGAUUCUAGCUGAGCAAUUUGGGAUUGAGGAGUAUGGAUUUGAGGAAGGGAAGAAUUUGGGGUUGGUGGAGAUGAUGAAGGGGAAAGAGAGAGUGUGGGAGGAGAUGGUUAAGGAGAAUCAACUGCAGGAGAAGAAGCUUGAAGAAGUUGGUGUGUGGUGGUUUGUUGAUAUUAUACUUGGAGUUGAUGGAAUGAUUGAUAGUAUGAACAAGAGUAAGGAACAUGGCUUCCUUGGUUUCAGGAACUCCAACAACUCUUUUAUCUCGUGGAUUGAUAAGUACAAGGCGUUCAAGAUCGUGCCGUGAUUCCAAAUAUACUUGGAUGUUUUUCUCUGGUUUCAUGUUUAUGUUUCUCCCAAAAUCUCAGUUCGUUGGUGUCUGCUAAAAAAAUGAAAUAAGAGCAUUCACCCUUUUUCUGUUUUUGAAUAUUCCAUCUCUAGUCUUGUAAACCCUUUGUUUUUUCCGAAAAUUCUACUCUUUUGUGAUAGUUUUCACUUUUCAAAUAUUGUUGCAAGUUGUAAUGGAAAGAUAUUGGACAAUGGUGCUUUUGUCUUAAGGAGAAAUAGCUUUAAAGGCUGAUUCCGUAUUGUCCUAAACACACCAGAUUCUGUGUUUUGCAGUUGGAGUGUACUAGUACUCCCUUUGGUUCCAGAAGCGGUGUGUUUUUUGGUUGUCUUGUGAACGCAGUUAAUAAGGUACCAUGGUUAAA